GAGAGACUGAAGCAUAUGUUUGGAGUUGCCUUUUUUACUUCACUCAGUCUUCUUUUUAGGUCAAGGAUGAAGCGUGUUGGUUGUUCCCUCUGGCUUUAUCCACUCAUGCUGGCUUUGUUACAACUUUUGGAAAAACUGUCAGCCUCCACUUCCACUCCUACCUUUCCAUCACCAACCCUGGACAUCUAUUCAUGGUCAGGAGACUCGGUGGUCCUGGUGUGCCGGGCCCCCAAGGGUCACCGUGGGGUUCAAUUCACGUUGUACCGUGACACAAAACAGAUGGACAUGCAUGAACCACAGUAUGGUACUGAGCAGGUCUACUUCACUGUCAGGAUGGAAGAACCAGAUUCAGGCCAGCACUAUCUUUACUGCUGCCUAUACAAGAACCAGGAGGGACUAUACAGUCUUUUCAGUCCCUACUUACAACUGAAACAAAAAGGUGUGCUUCCUGUGCCCUCCCUUGUUCUCCAACCGCAGACAGAUGUUUGGCAUUUGCUCUGUACAGGAUCCCCCGCAUACCCCGGUUCUAUGUUCUCACUCUAUGUGGCUGAUAAUGAGCUUCCUGUGGCAACUUACCAUGCAAAAGCAUUGCAACAUCAAGUCACAUUCCCAGUGCCUGUCCAGGACUCACCAGUGACCUUUUAUCAGUGCCAGUACACAGCUCUGUUAGGAAGCGCGUGGAGCACCUCUAAGAGAAGCGCCCCUGUGGCUUUAUCCACAGGAAUGUCCCCUCCAUCAUCAAAAGGUGUGGACUGGCCUCUUGCACUGGGCUCCUUCUCUGCAGCUGUAUUGUUUCUAUGCUCGCUGGUUUUUGUGGUUGUGCUGGCCAAGAGGAAAGUAAAAUCAGCUGCCGAGGAAAAGAAGAGAAGGCAACAAGCACAGUUCUGGACUAAAGUGCAUGCUCAAGACCACAUUGUGGAUCUUACUCUCAGAAGUACAAGUUUUACUUCUCAGACUAAAGGCUCUCUCCAGGCUACCUUUCCGCUCCUCAGCAGCCAUCAUAAACAGCAGAAUGCCGUCGACACCAGCUGCUUUUUCCUCAUGCUGGUGAGCAGGAUUUCUUUUAGCAGAAGAAAAAUGAUCUGCGGUAUAUGUUGUAUGUCUUGUGUUAGUAGGUGUUGUUCGCAUAAAUAAAUUAGAAUGUAUUUGGGUUUCAGUUAUGCUAAUUAGCCCCAUUAUGAACAGUAUUUCUCAGGGCUAUUGGUGCAAAAGCAGAGACAGAGAAGUUGUCUUUUCAUAUAAACCUAACAUAAUCAUUUAAAACAGGGCCUAACUGUCACCUAAACUAAGCCGGAAGAUAUAAAGGAAAAGAAAGCUCUGCUAUUCUAGUCUAACAAAACAAGCUCAAAACAUUACAUGGGUGACACCAACCUACUUACCUAGUGUGUAUAACAGAGAAAAAACUAUGUGAUGGAAAUGUACAGGGUACCCCAAACUUACCUAGCCCACAAACUCCCACCACAAACCUUCAAACAAUGCUAGAGAACAAAGCAUGUGCCAAAAAGCCAGCCAGGUGAAGUCACACCCCCAGCCCUACAGGUGAGCAGUUUAUGUAGAGCUGCCUGAUCGGCUCCCUCAAGCCAAUCAAGACGAAUUGGCAUCAGCCUGCACUCUGAACCCGUGAGAGACAGGAGACACAGGGGGGAACACACAGUCCAGCAGACAUGUAACACACCCACCCUUACAGGUCCAAACAAAAUGUUUGGUAUGCCUAAAACUAAAAAUGCAAGGUUGAAACGUACGUGACAAAGCAUCUGCCAAAACAUUUUCCGACCCUUUUUGAUGGCAGAUCUUAAGGUUGUACUCUUGAAUGAUUAAAGCCCAACGCAUAACUCGCUGAUUUUGAUUGUACAUCCUAGAAAGGAAGACAAGUGGGUUAUGGUCUGUGAAGACUGUUAUGGGCUUCACACUCAAGCCAAGAUAAACCUCAUAAUGCUGCAAUGCCAAAAGCAAUGCAUGCGUUUCUUUUUCAAUAGUAGAAUACCUACUUUGAUCAAGGUUGAACUUCCUUGAGAAGUAACCUUCAGGAUGAUCUAUGCCAUCUUUAUCUUCCUGCUGCAGGACAGCUCCUAUCCCAACUGCACUGGCAACUACCUCCAAUUUAAAUGGCAGAUUGACAUUUGGGGCAGAAAGAACAGGAGAACAAGAAAGCAAUCCUUUCAGACUCUGAAACGGAUGCUGACACUCCUCAGACCACGUAAAAGGUUUAGAAGCACUGGUCAAAGCAGUUAAAGGGGCCGCUACCGUUGAAAAAUUCCUACAAAAGCGACAAUAGAACCAGGCCAUCCCAAGGAAUCGAUGGAGCUCCCUCCUUUUAGAAGGAACUGGAAAGUCAGAUGACAUUGCAGAAUGAGGUCAUUCCCUCUUAUGGGCAAAAUGGGAAGAACAGCAACUCUGCAAAAACCACUCACAAAAUGUGAGCUAAUGUGAAUAUUAUGCAAUAGAGUAGAAACAAAAGACAUUUAAUACCUUGGAUGACCACAUUUGACCGACAAGAUGACAUGGCAGAAAAA